GAAGAAGGCUCAGUUGUCAACAUUAGAGUUACGCCCCUUACGGACAAAAGCAACAGCAGUGAAUAUUUACAGUAGCUGGUUUGUUUUCUACUGUGUGUACCUGGCUGACUCGGAGCAUUGGAGAUGGCCAUACCACCCAAGGAGUUGGAUUACCACUAUUCUCCAAGUCGCUGGUCCCACCGCAUGGGUUCUGAUGAGGUAAUAGAAGCACACAUCAACACAGUUACUCAAGCUAGCAGAGAGGCAACCUGGCUGCUUAACUGUGAUGGUGAAAUAUCAUAUGGCAGUGGUCCACUGCAAAAACUAGAUAUCUUCACAGCAAAAAAUGCUCAAAUCAAAGGGGUUCCAAUAUUUGUUUUUAUCCAUGGUGGAUAUUGGCACAUGAUGGGACGUGCAAAAUCCAGCUUUUUGGCUCCUCCUCUUGCCAAAGCUGGAUCAACGGUGGUAAUUGUUGGCUACGAUCUUGCACCUGCAGUAACCAUGGAUAAAAUUGUUUCUGAAAUCAAGCAAGCGAUUCGUUUUGUUUUGAAGCUAGCCAAGGAAAGACAGUCAAGUGGUGUAUAUCUGUGUGGACAUUCCGCUGGUGCCCACCUUGCAGCAGUCAUGUUGGCUUGUGAAUUCUCCGAUGAUGACGCUUUCGAUUCAGAAAUUAUUAAAGGUGCCUUUCUCGUUAGUGGAGUAUAUGACCUCCGGCCUUUAGUUCAGACAACUGUCAAUGAACCACUCAAGAUGACAGAGAAUGAUGCUUGGCGCUUGAGUCCAUUCAGUUUUGUUGGUGAAAUAGCUGCACAGAGUCGACAGCGUGACAUUCUGUUUGCAGUGGCUGAGUAUGACUCGCCCGAGUUCAGACGGCAAAGUGCAGAAAUGGAAAAGGAGCUGCGAAGUAGAGGAGUGAAAACUCGAUUCAUUGAUGUCCCAGAUACAGAUCAUUUUGAUGUUAUAGAAAAAUUAAAAAAAGAGGACUACUCAUUAACAAAGGAGAUGAUUAGACUAAUGCAUCUUUCUAAGUAGUCACUGGUAAUGAAAACUGCCUGUAAUCCGAUGUUAUAGAGAAAAAACAUGUAUCCUUGCUGUGAAUCGUCUACAAGACUCAAGAGUGCAUACUUACCUCUCACAUUUUAAGGGACUGUCCUCUCUUUGUUCGGACUAAUAAAUUUUUUUAACUAUUAAAAUUAAGUCUGUGUCUGUAUAAUCAGUGUGUUUCUUAUUGCCCUAAUGUUUUUAAGUGGUCCAAACUGGAUUUCGACUCCCAAUACCUUUGCACAUACCAAAAAAAAAUAUAAUAGGAAAUAAAAUGAAACUUGACUUAACUGGGAUGACUAGAAACACAUUUAUGAUACAGCCACUGAUAUGUUCUGCAGAAAAAUAUGUUUAAUAUGUAAUUAUAGCCGUUAAAAAGUGUCUUUUAGUUGGCAACAUUUUAACAGCUGCAGCAAACUGAGGACAGCCCCUUUAAUCUGGAGUGAACAGUUUACCAACAUUAUCAACAUCAAGACUGUUUAAUCUGUAAGUGAACAGUUUACCAACAUUAUCAACAUCAAGACUGUUUAAUCUGUAAGUGAACGGUUUACCAACAUUAUCAACAUCAAGACUGUUUAAUCUGGAGUGAACAGUUUACCAACAUUAUCAACAUCAAGACUGUUCAAUCUGUAAGUGAACAGUUUACCAACAUUAUCAACAUCAAGACUGUUUAAUCUGUAAGUGAACAGUUUACCAACAUUAUCAACAUCAAGACUGUUUAAUCUAUAAGUGAACAGUUUACCAACAUUAUCAACAUCAAGACUGUUUAAUCUGGAGUGAACAGUUUACCAACAUUAUCAACAUCAAGACUGUUUAAUCUGUAAGUGAACAGUUUACCAACAUUAUCAACAUCAAGACUGUUUAAUCUGUAAGUGAACAGUUUACCAACAUUAUCAACAUCAAGACUGUUUAAUCUGUAAGUGAACAGUUUUCCAACAUUAUCAACAUCAAGACUGUUUAAUCUGGAGUGAACAGUUUACCAACAUUAUCAACAUCAAGACUGUUUAAUCUGUAAGUGAACAGUUUACCAACAUUAUCAACAUCAAGACUGUUUAAUCUGUAAGUGAACAGUUUACCAACAUUAUCAACAUCAAGACUGUUUAAUCUGUAAGUGAACAGUUUACCAACAUUAUCAACAUCAAGACUGUUUAAUCUGGAGUGAACAGUUUACCAACAUUAUCAACAUCAAGACUGUUUAAUCUGUAAGUGAACAGUUUACCAACAUUAUCAACAUCAAGACUGUUUAAUCUGUAAGUGAACAGUUUACCAACAUUAUCAACAUCAAGACUGUUUAAUCUGGAGUGAACAGUUUACCAACAUUAUCAACAUCAAGACUGUUUAAUCUGUAAGUGAACAGUUUACGAACAUUAUCAACAUCAAGACUGUUUAAUCUGUAAGUGAACAGUUUACCAACAUUAUCAACAUCAAGACUGUUUAAUCUGGAGUGAACAGUUUACCAACAUUAUCAACAUCAAGACUGUUUAAUCUGUAAGUGAACAGUUUACCAACAUUAUCAACAUCAAGACUGUUUAAUCUGUAAGUGAACAGUUUACCAACAUUAUCAACAUCAAGACUGUUUAAUCUGUAAGUGCACAAGAAUACUUAUGUGAUAGUAAGGACUAGUGAAUUAAAUAAAGGUAUUUUUUACCUUCUUAGCUAAUGCCAACUGUUUAUACAAGGAACAUUGAGGUUGAUUGACAAAGAUUAACAGGUUUAAUUGUUGUUCACUUCAAUUAUAUGUUGUCUGUUAUAUGUAAACCACCUUUUUAAAGCUGGCCAAAAUUGAAUUUUAUUUUCAUUGGAACUUAAUUUUCACACAAAUACAUUUACUGCGGUUUGUGAAUAGUAAUUUAAGGUCCCAAUUACAGUUUGGCAAGAUAGAAACAUUGUUAUUUGCUUUUAUUAUGAUAUUCAGUAAAUCAUAACAUACAUAACAAAAAAUUAAUUUUCUUGUUCAUUAAUGUUUCUCUGAUAAAUUAUGGGCACUCAAACAAUCAACAAGAAUAUUUUGGUGUUCCCAAAAUAAUGGCUACAUCUUAGUAAAGAAGUAAGACUGUUUACAAGAACAUUUGGACAUUGGGACAAUUACAUUCCGUGUUAGAUGGUGUCAGCUAAACAUUUCUUCUGGAAAGAAGCACAUUGUUAAUGACAUGGAACAAAAGCUAGUUGAUGGAAAUAAAAAUCAAUAAGGAUGUUGCAUGAUCAAAUUGGAAUUGAUUUGUCUCGAAAAUAAAGUGAAGGGGAAGAAUGAACAAUGAUGAACUAUUAAAGUAUUGUGGGUAAAAUACCUUGCUGAACGAUUAUGAUAAUAAUAAAAACUUUUCCUGAUUUAUCGAAAUGUGACAGAUGUUACUGAAUCCAUGUUUUCCUGUAACAGAAGUUAGUUUCCUUUUCUCUCUUAAAUUCAAAUCCCAUAAUUCCAAAACUGACUGACAUAUUUAUUAACUUUACCUUGGUUAAUGCUAAGUUUAUAUAUCCAUAGGCAUACAGGCUCCCAUUUUUGUAGGGGGGAGCUGGUUGAUUUUGGCCCGAAUUAAACAAAAAUGUCUGAAUUAAUCCAUGUCUGAAUUUAUUCAUAUUAGCAUUAUACUGCCAAAUAGGUAUAUAUAUAUAUAUAUAUAUAUAUAUAUAUAUAUAUAUAUAUAUAUAUAUACAUGUAUAUAUACAUGUAUAUAUGGGAAUGAAGUAAACUCGCACCAUCCAUCUUACUUCCAGCAUUGAACAUGGAUGCCAAAUCAUACCAUUGUAUUGCAUUCCACACAUUUGACUUUUGGUUUCCGUCUAAGUCUCAUAGCCUUAUAAUGUAACUGGCAGCAAGCAUAUGGCAAAAUGAUGCAAACAAAUAUAAUUAAAUGAGAGUGCUCUUCCUUGAACAGGUAAUAGUCCUGAGAAUGGACUCUAGUCCUGCUAGAUUUGGCCCAUGCCUGAGUACUCUAGUACUCCUGGAGACCCUAAUUCCAACUAAUAUUCUGGGUAGAAUGAUGCAAAUACAUGGUGAAAUGGUUUCAGGCCAACUAAUUUUGUGCGAAUAUUGCUGUCAUUUUUGCCUGAAUUUGAGGAUUUGCUCCAGCACUAGGUGUAUGUGUGUGUGUGUGUAUUUUCACUUAAACCAUUCUGAUUGUUUUACGCUGAACAAGCAUAUUGCUUUAAAUUCAAUUUCUUGCAACCUGUCAUAAAAUAUUUAAAUAUCCUUACUCUUUAAAGUGAUGCUAUACAUACAUUAUAAAUUGAGUGAAUUGAAGUGUCAAAGCCAGUUUGGUGUAAGUAAUUUGAGGCACUUAAUAUGGGGUAAUGUGUAGCUUUGACAUUUUGAGAUGUGCUCGACAGCAGAACCAUAAGGAAAAUCAUAUUGCGUCCCUUGAGCCAUGGAAUUGUGAACAUUUGUUUAGGCUUCAGCAGCUGAUAGACAAUUGGUUACAAGAUCAGUGUGUCUUUUAAAAUGCCACAAUAUUAAUAUUUUAUUACCUACUAAUACACAUAACCUGACAUCUGAAAUUAUCCCACUAGUAGAGUAAAAGUCUGUGAACGAUCAUGUUCAGUUUUGGGUCAAAUUCAAACUCAACUAGUGAAUUUUGUCAUUUUUAGAACUAAGCCAGUUGCCCUAUUGAGUUUUUUGUUUAACGACCACUAGAGCACAGAUUUUAUUAAUAAUCAGCUAUUGGAUUCAAACAGUUGGUAAUUUUGACAUAGUCUUUUAGAGGAAGCCCGCUACAUUUAUCGCUAUUAAAGUACAAAUGAUUUUAAGGAACAGAAUUUUUUAUCAAUUGCUUGGGAUAUUAUUUUCAAAGAAGACAUGUUGCUCUUUACCUUUGUUCUCUGUGCACAAAAUAAGUGUAAUCUAACUAUAUUAUAAGUACAUGUAAAUUGCAGUGCUCAUCUAAAAACUGCCUUAAGAGUAUUCAAGAUAGUAUGAAAACAUAUGUAAUUAUAUUUGUGUAUCUUGUUCAUGUGGAUACAAAUCUUCUAAACUUUGUUAAAGUACUGUUGUCUAAUGCUAGGUUCAGACACCAACUAGUAUGACUAUCCAUUUGCUAGUAUGAGCACUUUUACAACUCUGUGCUCGUCGUAUAAUCUAUUAGUUGUUAAUCUGAGCGCACCCAUCGUAAGUCGAGAGUUGGGGAAAUUACACUGCAACUGUUGAGUUGGCCAACUUUCUGCUGGCAGUUGACAGUUGGAUCCUAGCAUUAGAACCAGACCUUACACAGAAUAAAGUUAAAAAAUAAUAAUUUCUGAGUCUCACAUGAAACCUACUGACAUGUAAAUAAUGUCUGCUCAAUAUGGAACUGACUGUUAUAAUAAUUUCUGAGUCUCACAUGAAACCUACUGACAUGUAAAUGAUGUCUGCUCAAUAUGGAACUGACUGUUAUUUUGAGAGGGGUGAAGUUAAUCUAUAAAACCAAAUCACAUAGUUCACAGAUAAUUUCAAAUUAGAAUGAUGUGACAAUGCAUACCUCUUCAAUUAUAAACAUUUUAGUCCUUGAUUCUAGUUAUUAAAACACUUGAAAACUUAAUGUGAAAUUGCUAUAUUAGUAAAUUUUUGUUUGAUGAUUACAAAUAUUUCUGACUCUGUUGUGAAAGAAACCAAAUUGUAACAAUUAUCAAAAAUGACUUUAAAAAUUGACAGCAAGAUACAUGUAUUUCCAGUUAUUGUGAAUUAAUCCAAAAUGAUGAUGCUAAAAUGUUCUCUCAUUGACCUUAAGCCAAACAAAACUCAUUUAAGGGAUUUUGUGUCUGUGAUAUCAAUCAGUUGGAGGAAAGGGAGAUGAUAUAGGUGGGUUGUUUAUUUUUUUAUCUUUGUAAGCAUGUGACCAUUUGAAAUAAAGAAGUAUGGGGAAGGUGUACGGUUUUCUAAUUCAGUCAAGAUUUGAAGGACUAAUCAAAUUGGUUUGUUACAUUAUCAUAUCACAAAUUUAAAAGAACAGGGAAAUCAACAAUAGCUAUUUAUAAACUGGUGACGUUAUGCAGUAAUAGGUCACACGGACAAACAGAGCAAGUUUGUUAGUGUUGAUGUUGUUUUGAGGGUAGGAAUGUGGUGCAUGUGCAAUAACAACCUUUAAUUACUCUGACGAUUCAUAAUCCUAUUUUUCAAUAUUUUCAUUCCACCAGAUCUGUUAUGUUUUAUUAUACACAGGCCCAUAGGAACAACAUCUGGAAUGAGAGGACACAAUCACAAGUGGAGGGCAUAAUCACUAAUGGAGGGGGCACAAUCACUAAUGGAGGGGGCACAAUCUCUAAUGGGGGAAAUGUAGGCCUGAGUAGGGGAUUGGAAACAUUUGGCUGAGUUUGUAUUUCAAUUCUGGCAUAGUACUAAUACAGAGUAGGGUGUUAUUUUAAGGUUAAUGAAGGAACAGAAAUCUCAAGUUGGUUAUGUAGGUUCUUGUAUUUUACUUUUGAACAUUAAACAUGAUUAACAAGUUAACAACAUGGUGAUACAGAUAAAAUGUCCAUUGUAUAUGUCUAAGCUCUUUGAUAAACAGGGUUGCCCUAGGCAACUCACCCAGGCUAAGACCUCUUUGUGAAUUGUGCCAUUACCCAUUAUUUUGUCACAUAAUAAAUUGUAAUCACCAACUGCUAUCAUAAUAAUUAAUAGGUAUCUUUGUUGGCAGACCGGGUAUCAACUGGGGACAUCAGUUAACCGUAUGUAGUGUCUUGAUUGCUGUGAUUUAGUUUCAUCACACUAAUUGGCCUGAUUGCUAGCCCCUAAGUAACUAAAGACUGAGUUAUUGCAUAAUCGAAAGGUGACACCAUAACAACUGAAUUGUAUAUGCACUAAAAAAUAUAUAUACAUGUACGUACAUUUGAAUAUUUGAAUAUAGUUGUAAAUCUUCCACUAUGAUAGUACUAUGAAUGUAUCAUUCUUUUUACGAAAUUUAACAUUUUAAAAUAUCAGUUUACUUUUAACAUUUGUUCAUUACUUUUUUUGGUUGAUUGGAUUAUGAUUUUUUGUUUUUAAAUAAGAAAAAAUGUACAUUCCUUGCCAGGACUCUCUUUACAGGUGUUUUUCUUAUGUCAUAAUAUAUAACUCUUUUGUUUAUGACUAUUGGUGAUAAUUUAUGUCAUAAUAUAUAACUCUUUUGUUUAUGACUAUUGGUGAUCAUUUAUGUCAUAAUAUAUAACUCUUAUGUUUAUGACUAAUAGAGAUCAUUUAUGUCAUAAUAUAUAACUCUUAUGUUUGUGACUAAUGGA